CGUGGACUCAAAAAAAAAAAAAAAAAAACCUAGAUGCCACACCCUAUCCCAGCCGCCGUCGCCGCCGCCGCCGCCGUCGCCGCCGCCGCCGCUGCAACCGCCGCCUUCGAUUCCGUGAAAUUGGAGGGGAAGACAAUUGGAUCUGUCUGCCGCAGGAGGAGUGGGGAGAAAUAGAAUGAAGGCGCGACAGUUCCUGAAUGUUGUGAUGGAGAGGUAUGGCACUGGCGGUGCCGGUGGCAGCUUGUAUACGGUCAGUCGCAUCAACGCCAAGGAACACCUCUUCUACCGAUCCACGGCCGAAGCACAGGCAGCAGAAAAAUCAAGGUUCGAUAUGGAGUGCCCAUCAUCAGCCGUUGUGCCACCAUGGAUGGAGACCAUCUCGCGGAUGCCUCCGUCCAAGCUCAGAUUCGAGCGGUCCACCUCAGACAACAAAAGACUGGAUUUCCUGCCCUUCCAUGAACGAGGCAGCGGUGCUGCGAGCAAGAUCCUCUGCGUGGACGCCGCUGGCCACACCGCCCUAUACGACAUGGACGCCGGUUCGGUCCAGCCAAUUCCAUGCCUCAACAGUCCCAAGGGGAGCAGGCCCAUCAGCUUCUCCACCACCAAUCCCGAAGCCUCUGACCGUGAACGUGCUGAUGCCUUCUACGUUAUGGGAAGGUUCCCUUCCAGCUAUGACCCCUACAACUUCGAGGUACUCAUGUACAGUAACCCUUCUAAUGGCAGGACGAUGAAAGGCUGGAAUUGGCUCAAGCUACCAACACCACCUGCCUAUGCUGACAAUUGCAUUGUCAAUUCCCAUGCGCUGCUUGAAAUUGAAGGUGACUCAAUUCUUGUUGUCUCCUCCGGAGAAGAAAGCCUUGGCACCUACUGCUUCAACACAGCCAGUCGCAAGUGGUUUAAGGCUGGCUCCUGGACACUGCCAUUCCUCAGUCGUGCUGUGCAUGUACCAGAGCUGGACAACCUCUUAUUUGGCAUUGCCAGCGAUGCACCCAACCACUUUUGUGCAAUGGGUAUCUCCCGUCUUCUCUCGAAGAGGUGUCCACCUUUAGUGUACAGUUGGCCACACCUUGAUCUGCCCGAGGACUGGAUAAUGCAAGAUUGCAGCUUUGUGUACUUGGGAAAUGGGAGGUUUUGCAUCACCAAAGUCUUUGAGUUUGGUCUGGACGAAGACACUGGCAACACGACUGAGAUGGGUGCUGUGAUGUCUGGCGUGGAGGUAGUGCAUCACAAGAAGUCUGGACUCAUCAUGGUCAACCAUAGGUCCAAAUUCUACAGGUUCUUCAGGGAUGACAUCCAAUGUGUCUUGUAAGGUAACUUGGUGAAAGGGGAGCAACACGGGUUUUUCCAGGAGGAUUGGAAUUGUCUGUCUUCCCCUUUCCAUCAGUAUCUAGUAGCUACAACUUCUGCUAUGUUAGUUUUUGGGCAGUAGUGCUCAUUUCCUUCAGUAUGUUGUAUCACUAUAUUUGCUGCCGUUGCUGUAUACAUAGCUUCUUAGGUGCUUUUAUUUUAUUAUUAGAUGGACUAGAAUCUUGAUGAAAUUAUGAUAUGGUUUAUAACUGGUAAAAGCCUGAAUGGUUUGAAAA